UCAGUUCUGCUCCCGAGGCCAGCAGGUCCUCUCUGUCCCAGCGCCUGCCGGACCAGGUAUCUGGGCUGGCCUUGCUGCCUUAUCCAGGGACCUGUGCAUUGGAGGAAACGCCUGGAGGGGCAACAGGAGCUGGGACACCUGGGGGAACAGCCUCAGGUGACCCUUCCCUUCUCAGCCAUGCUACCUCAGAGGUGACCAAGAGCACAGGCAAUGAAGGGGUUCAGUACCCCAAAUGAGGGCCACCCGGUCCAUGGAUUGGUGGCCUCUCGAAUUGAAACCUAUGGAGGAAGACUCCACAGCAUCCCAAACCACAGAAACCCCAAGAACCUGUAUCUUCCAAGGACUGCUCAACAGGAUUCCUCCCACCACCGACUGCAAGACCUUGUCCCCUUCACCAAGAAUUCUGCCCAGUCCAGAGGCUUGUCACCACUGAGGCUGAAAGAGCCAGAGCCUGAGAAAAAACAUGGCGGAUAUUUUGGGUCUGGCCCUUUAAACCCCCCUAAAAUCAAGGAGGUGGCCAAGGCCCGACAGCUGGAGAUGAGGCUGCAUACAUUCAGCAUGUUUGGGAUGCCCCGCCUGCCCCCUGAAGAUCGGAGAUACUGGGAGAUUGGGGAUGGGGGAGACAGUGGCUUGACAAUCGAGAAGUCCUGGAAAGAACUGGUACCUGGACAUAAGGAGAUGAGCCGGGAGCUCUGUCACCAACAGGAGGCACUAUGGGAGCUAGUGACCACUGAGCUGUCCUAUAUUCGAAAGCUGAAGAUCAUGACUGACCUCCUGGCCGCUGGUCUCCUGAAUCUACAAAGAGUGGGGCUUCUGACAGAAGUUCUAGUUGAGUCCUUAUUUGGAAAUGUACCAAACCUGAUCCGCACUCAUCAGAGUUUCUGGGAGGAGGUGCUAGGGCCUACCCUGGAGAAGACCCGCGUCUCAGGCCAGCCUCUGGACCCUCUCAGCCUGCAAGAUGGCUUCUUGACAUUUAGCCAACGGUUCCAGCCAUAUAUACAGUACUGUCUUCGAGUGAAGCAAACCAUGGCCUAUGCUCGGGAACAACAGGAAAACAACCCUCUCUUCCAGACUUAUGUGCAGUGGUGUGAGAAACACAAAAGGUCUGGACGCCAGCAACUCAGUGACCUGCUCGUCAAACCCCAUCAGCGAAUCACAAAAUACCCUCUGCUGCUCCAGGCUGUGCUCAAAAAGACCCCUGAGCCCCAAGCCCAAGAUGUUCUCAAUGCCAUGAUUUCUUCUGUGGAGGCUUUCUUACACCAUAUCAACAGUCAAGUGCGUCAGGGGGAGGAUCAUGACAGCUUGGCAGCUGCUGCCCAACGGAUUGGGCCCUAUGAAGUGCUGGAACCAUCCACUGAGGAGGUAGAGAAGAACCUGCGUCCCUUCUCCAACCUAGAUCUGACCUCCCCCAUGCUGGGGGUCGACCACCAACAUACCCGGAAACUGCUACUAGAGGGUUCUGUUCGAAUGAAGGAGGGACGAGAGGGGAAGUUGGACGUGUACCUGUUCCUAUUCUCUGAUGUGGUUCUGGUGACCAAACCCCAGCGCAAGGCAGACAAGGCUAAAGUCAUCCGCCCGCCCCUCAUGCUGGAGAAGCUUGUGUGUCAGUCACUUCGAGACCCCAACAGCUUCCUGAUGAUCUACCUUACUGAAUUCCUGUGUGUCUCCAGCGCCCUUGUCUUCCAUUGUCCCAGCCCAAAUGAAUGUGUUCAUUGGCAAGAGAAGAUACAGGAGGCCCAGGCCACCCUGCAGAAAUUAAAGACAGAGGAAUAUGUACAUCAGAAGAGGGAGCUCCUGGCCUUAUAUAGGGACAUCGAGUCGCCCAGCACCAGGCCUCCGACCCCCUCUCCUGACGGCUCUCAGAGCAGUGUAGAAGACCACAAUCUGGAGAGAAGAUCUUCAGAGUUUUCAACCAUUGUCCCUCAGCUGGUGGUCACAGAAGACAGAGAAGACUCUUCUCUCGGCCUGGAUGACGGUUCUGACAGUGGCUAUGGCACAAUACCCGGCUCCCUCCAUGGGUCCCAAUCCCCACUGACCCGGAGACGCUGGCCUGCCCUCCGCCAGGACCCCCGACUCACCCUCUCCACCCUGGACCUCCGAGACAUCCCUCGAAGACUCCAGUCUUCCAGUCCCCAUGCCCCUCAAAGACAGAGUGCCCCUGACCUCCCUGAGGAGGAUAUUAUCCAGAGAGGGAAUAGCCUUCCACGGAGGGAGCCCCCAUCCUGGUCUGAGAAAGAAGAGGAGGAAGAAGGAUCCUCGACAGGAGGGGAUGUAGUAAUGGAGACUCUGCACCGAGCUAGGCUUCGGGGACAGCUACCUCCUUCACCAUCUCAGGUAGACUCAGCAGGAGAGAGCCCCUGGGACUCCUCAGGGGAAGAUGAGGAGGAAAGUCCUCUGUUUGUGGUACCCAAACGCUAUUCCACAUCGUACUCCCUACGGGCAGAAAUGCUCCAGGAGAUACGGGAGGACCUGGCCAACCAGAGGAUUGAUGGAGUCACAGAGACAGUGAGAGAACCCAGGGACAGUCAGCCCCGGAAGCUGACGGUAGUCGAACUACAAAGGAUGCGUGGGUCUCAAAUCAUACAGCUAGAUACCCCAUUAACCACAUCGGAGGUAUAGCCUCACUCAGGACAUCUAAGAUUUCUCCUAGAGGACAUCUGAUCCAAGGACUAUUGGUCACCCACCCACCUCAGCCCAAAGCCAGACCCAGGCAUCCACCUGCUCCAUGAAAGUUUGGGAUCAAGAUUGUAAAUUUCUGUAUCAUAAACACUCUUUAAGUUCAAAUAAA